GCCUUAGACCAUUUUCCUUUAAUCGAGCAUUUUCUUUGGAACCAUGCACCCUUUAUCCGGUUUCCCCCGAUGGUGGCAUCUCACGAAGGACGGUCCGGUGUCCCAACAGCGUGUAGCGUUCCUCAGGACGCAGAUUUCCUCCACAGGAACCCCCUGGGUUGCGCUUUUAAAGACACAUCCACCCGCCUUCCUAACUCCUGAGCACCGCUGACGAGCUGCACUUCUCGCCUCUGUCGUUUGGAAUGAAUCAUCCGGGCGUGACCUUUAGGGGGAAUCUUGCAUAAUACCAGUACACCAGCGGCGCUGUCGAUUGCUGGAGUCGCCCACGAGAGCCACCCACCAAAUUAGAGAGCCACAGCCACCCACCAAAUCAGAGAGAAAGAAUCCAUCUUCUUACGAUAUGGCAGACAGUUUCAUUCCAUCGCCAGGCUGGAGUGCAAUGCUGCAAUCUUAGUUCACCGCAACUUCCACCUCCUGGCUUCAAGCGAUUCUCCUGCCUCAGCCUCCCAAGUAGCUGGGACUACAGGUAAGAAGGUACUCAUUGUCUAUGCGCACCAGGAACCCCGGUCGUUCAACGGAUCCUUGAAGAAUGUGACUGUAGAUGAACUGAGCAGGCAGGGCUGCACAGUCACGGUAUCUGAUUUAUACGCCAUGAAUUUUGAGCCGAGGGCCACCAGGAAAGAUAUCACUGGUCUCAGUUUGCUCUCUGGUAAAUUGCGAAAUACACCAGUCCCACCAGUUGUUAUGAAGAAAGUUGAUAUCUAUGGAGCACAGCACCUGCAAGGUGCGCUUUCUAAUCCUGAGGUUUUCAGUUAUGGAGUGGAAAUGUACGAAGCCUACAAGAAAAGGUCUCUGCCUGGUGACAUCACUGAUGAGCAGAAAAAGGUUCAGGAGGCUGAUCUAGUGAUAUUUCAGUUCCCGCUGUACUGGUUCAGCGUGCCGGCCAUCCUAAAGGGCUGGAUGGAUCGGGUGCUGUGCCAGGGCUUUGCCUUUGACAUCCCAGGAUUCUACGAUUCCGGUUUGCUCCAGGGUAAACUAGCGCUCCUUUCUGUAACCACGGGAGGCACAGCCGAGAUGUACACGAAGACAGGAAUCAGUGGAGAUUUUCGAUACUUCCUGUGGCCACUCCAGCAUGGCACAUUACACUUCUGUGGAUUUAAAGUCCUUGCCCCUCAGAUCAAUUUUGCUCCUGAAAUUGCAUCCGAAGAAGAAAGAAAGGGGAUGGUGGCUGCGUGGGCCCAGAGGCUGCAGACCAUCUGGAAGGAGGAGCCCAUCCCCUGCAGAGUCCCCUGGUACUUCGGGCAAUAACUGUGGCACGUGGACAUCAUGUAAGCAGCACACCAGGAGACCCAGGUGCAGGCAGAGAGAAGAUGGUGCGAUCAUGAAAUAAAAUUACAACAUAACUACCUGGA